AUGUCCGAAUUCAUGAAAGGGGUGAUGCUCCUAAAGCAAGAUUUGACUGAGGUUCCGGCAGAAGAAGCCCUCAAGGGCAAGGUGGUCGCUUUAUACUUUUCUGCUGGCUGGUGUCCACCUUGCAAGCAGUUCACUCCGAAACUAGUUCGUUUCUACCAUCAUCUUAAAAAAGCAGGGAAGCCCAUUGAGGUGGUUUUCUUCUCUAGAGAUCGAUCAAAGGCUGAUCUUGAAGAGAACUUCACGGAGAAGCAUGGAGACUGGCUGUGUGUGAAGUAUGGAGAUGAUAUUCUGACACGUUAUCAAUCAAAAUUCGAGAUAAAGACGAUUCCGGUGCUUCGAGUCAUCAAUCCAGCUGGGAAGAUGGUUGUUCUGGAUGGGAAAUCGGAAGUUGUCGACAAAGGAAAAGCUGAUCCGCUUGGACUUUUUGCUGCAUGGCAGGCAGCUUGCAACAAAUAA